GCACCGGCUGACUCGGGAAGUUGAGCCCGGCUAGGGUUAUACCGCUUUUCCAUGGAGGGCGGUGGGUUUGCCAUGAGAAGGACGCAGGAGCGAAGGAGGCGGCGGCGACGGCAACCGGGGCAAGGGGCGGAUUCGCCCGGCAUAAAUUGCCGAGGGGGAUCCCGGUCUAUUUCCCCGCCGGCCAGCAAGAAACUGAACUCGGACGAAGGCGAGGAAGAGCUGGAGGAGCCGAAGCCGGAGGAUUUUGACAGUGAUGAUAUGUUUGCAGACUAUGAUAGCUUUUCUGGCAACAACUCUUUCUUAACUGAAAUUGAUGAUAUAGAGCAAAAAUGCAUGCCCUUUGGUAGGGAUAGUCUGGAUUCUGACAGCUUUGAUCGCAACACUGCUGUGCGGCCUGUAUUUUCAGAGACAAAUGCUGCAGUUAGCUCCAGAGUCAUAAGAGAAUAUGAUUCUUUGAAAUGGAUGAAGGAACAGGAGAAUAGCGCAGAGCCUCAAGAUAAUGAUCUAGAAGGUCUUCCAUCCUCCCAGCUUUUGUUUCGUCAACAUUCAGAUGAAUGUUCUCAGAAAGAAACGGCCAUAGAAGAAAUACCCUGUCAGCUGGACGUCUCAGAUCUGCCAUACUGCAGUGACACAGAGAGUAAUAAACAAGACUGUGAGUCGGUGAGAACUGCUUUGUUUGAACCAAGUAGGCGGAAGAGUCUCAAAGACCAUCUCAAAAACACAAUGGCCGGGAAUGCCAGAUCCUCUGCUUCAUUGGUUUCUAAAAGCAAACAGCUGAAAGAAGCCAUUGUAACUGAAGAGAUGGCCAUUGCGGAGGCAACUGACAACUUGGCUUUUGUAGAUAUCGGCCCUUUCUAUGGUUUACCCACCAAAGUCAAGGAGCUACUGCUACGUAUCAGAGGAAUUGAGAAGCUUUAUGACUGGCAACAUGAUUGCUUAAUGUUCGAAUCCCUGCAAAAGCGAAAGAACCUAAUAUAUUCCUUGCCAACCAGUGGUGGAAAAACACUCGUGGCUGAAAUUUUAAUUCUUCGAGAAUUACUCUGCAAGCAAAGAGAUGUUUUAAUGAUCCUGCCUUAUGUGGCUUUAGUCCAGGAGAAGGUUGGGAGUUUGUGUGGUUUUGGAAUGGAGCUGGGUUUCUUGGUGGAAGAAUAUGCAGGAAGUAAAGGCAGGAUUCCUCCAAUCAAGAGAAGGCAAAAGAAAUCUGUGUACAUUGCCACUAUUGAAAAGGGACACAGCCUGGUGAAUGCCUUGAUAGAAGCAGGGAGAAUCAACACCCUGGGUCUAGUAGUAGUUGAUGAGUUGCAUAUGCUUGGAGAAGGUGGUCGUGGCAGUACACUAGAAAUGACUCUUUCUAAGAUUUUGUAUGCAAGCAAAACAACUCAGAUCAUUGGAAUGAGUGCAACAUUAAAAAAUGUUGAAGACUUGCAGCAGUUCCUGAAAGCAGAAUUCUACACAAGUAAUUUCAGACCUGUUGAAUUGAAAGAAUACAUUAAAAUACAGGACCGCAUCUAUGAACUUGAUAGCAAAGCAGAAAAUGGCCUUAAGUUUUCACGUCUCUUGGAUUUCAAGUAUUCUAGUAAUCUUCAGAAGGUAGAUCCUGAUCAUCUUAUUGCAUUGGUCACAGAGGUUAUUCCCAAGCACUCCUGCCUUGUCUUCUGUCCUACUAAAAAAAACUGUGAAAACGUAGCAGAAAUGAUAUGCAAACACAUAAACAGAGCGCUUAAAAAGAUCAAGGAGAAAGAAAAAUACAAUCUUCUGAAAGAGUUAAGAAGCAUCUGCAGUGGAAAACUCUGUCCAGUUUUGAAGCGAACAAUUCCAUUUGGAAUUGCUUACCACCACAGCGGUCUCACCAGCGAUGAGCGGAAAUGUAUAGAAGCAGCUUAUUCCUCAGGCUUCCUCUGUCUGCUAACCUGUACAUCUACGCUUGCUGCGGGAGUCAACCUGCCCGCUCGAAGGGUUAUUUUAAGAGCGCCGUACGUUGCUACAGAUUUCUUGAAGAAGAACCAGUAUAAACAGAUGAUUGGCCGAGCUGGUCGUGCUGGCAUUGAUAAGGCUGGUGAAAGUAUUUUGAUUGUGCAAGAGAAAGACAAAGACCUGGUUCAAAAUUUAAUCACCAGUCCCCUAGAAAGCUGCUACAGCACUCUUCUGCUGGAAUCCAACAAGGGCAUCCGAAGUUUGCUUUUAUCGGUGGUUGGUUUAAAGGUAGCAAACAAUCCUGAGGAAAUUUACCAGUUCAUGGGUGCAACUUUACUUAGUAUACAGCCACAGCUCCUGCCUCAGAAGAGCCUGCAGGACGUAACAAUGGAAGCCUUACAAUGGCUGAAACAAAAUGGGCUGCUAAAAGAGAAAGAAAAUUCUGACAGCGAAAAGAACUGUCAGAAUAAUCUAGGGAUCACUCAGUUGGGCCGAGCUACCUACAAAGGUUCAAUUGAAUUGGCACACUGUGACACUCUCUACACAGAUUUGAAGAAAGGACUUGAGGGGCUAAUACUUGAAAGCUACCUUCAUCUGAUCUAUCUGAUAACACCAUAUGAUAUGAUUCCUCAGUGUAGCCCAAAUUGGAUGGUCUAUUUUAAACAGUUCAAUCAACUAAGUCUAAUAGAACAACAGGUAACCAGCACUGUUGGAGUGCCGGAGAGCUUUAUUACCAAAAAGGCAUCUGGACAAGCCAUCAAGAAUGAACUGGAUGGUAAUACUGUUAAUAGACUUUACCUGUCCCUCAUCCUUCAUUCCUUGUUAAGAGAGACCAACAUAUGGGAUGUGUCAGAAAAAUUUAAUAUACCACGAGGAUUUGUUCAAACUCUUCUCAAUUCAGCGGCUUCAUUCUCCUCCUCAGUUUUGCAUUUUUGUGAGGAGCUGGAUGAAUUUUGGGUUUAUAAAGCUCUCCUGCCAGAACUUACCAAGAGAUUAAGCUAUUGUGUUAAAGCAGAACUUAUUCCUCUUAUGGAGGUAGCUGGAGUUUUAGAGGCUCGAGCCAAGCAACUCUACAACUUGGGCUAUAAAAGUUUAGCUCACUUGGCCAAUGCAGAUCCAGAACUUCUAGUCAAGAAUGUUGUGCAUAUGUCCAGAACUCAGGCCAGGAAAAUAGUUUCAUCUGCAAAGAUGCUCCUUGCUGAGAAGACUGAGGCUUUACAAGAAGAAGUUGAAGAAUUAUUGAGAAUACCCACGGAUGUUCCAUGAGGCUUUUUAUUUUUCCAUAAAUCCAAGAUUCAAUAGAUUUAUCUCCCGCCUUGAUCACUGCUUGUAUUUACUGUA